GCCGCGCAGCUCCGCGCCGCGCAGCGAAAUGGCGGCCUCGCUGCGCGCCCUCCUCCGUCCCGGUGCCGGUGUCGCGCGGCGCCGCGCGCUCCUGGCGGCACUCCGCCCUCUUGUGGCGGGGCGGGGGUGCAGCGACGGGCCCCCGUUCCGCUUCCUGCAGGUGCAGAAGGCCGGGGCGGGCGGCAGCGUGGGGCUGAUCCGGCUGCAGCGGCCCGAGGCGCUCAACGCGCUCUGUGCGGGGCUGAUGGAGGAGCUGCGGCGUGCACUGGACGCCUUCGAGGCCGACAGGCAGGUGGGAGCAAUUGUCAUCACCGGCAGUGAGAAGGCCUUUGCAGCCGGCGCUGACAUUAAAGAGAUGCAGAACAAAACCUUCCAGGAGUGCUACAGUGGCGGCUUCCUGGCUGGCUGGGAUCGGGUGGCCACCGUCCGCAAGCCCACCAUCGCCGCCGUUAAUGGCUUCGCUCUGGGCGGCGGCUGCGAACUGGCCAUGAUGUGCGACAUCAUCUAUGCCGGGGAGAAGGCGCAGUUUGGGCAGCCCGAGAUCCUGCUGGGGACGAUCCCAGGCGCCGGCGGAACGCAGAGGCUGACCAGGGCGGUGGGCAAGUCGCUGGCCAUGGAGAUGGUGCUGACUGGGGAGCGGAUCUCGGCGACGGAGGCCAAAGCGGCAGGUCUGGUCAGCAAAGUCUUCCCCACGGACAAGCUGCUGGACGCGGCCAUUGGCUGCGCUGAGAAGAUCGCUGCCAACUCCAAACUGGUGGUGGCUAUGGCCAAGGAGUCUGUCAACACUGCUUUUGAAACAACACUGACGGAAGGGAACAGGACAGAGAAGCGCCUCUUCUAUGCCACUUUUGCCACUGACGACCGCAAGGAAGGGAUGACUGCAUUUGUGGAGAAGCGCAAGGCCAACUUCACUGACAGUUGAGCUGCAGAACCUGCAGACAUUCCCCUUUGCUGCCCUUCACCACCCACGUGCCUCAAAAUGAAGGACGGGUCUGUUGGCACCACAGAGGGAGCCAGCACCCGGCACUGAAUGAUGCCGACACUGGGCAAAAUCCUCAGCAGGGUUUUGCCUCAUUACUGCUAUUAAAAGGCUUUCCUGGUGCUGCUGGUGCAUCAACAUUCUUGUUGGGAGCUCCCAAACUGAGAAGCACUGGAGAUCACUGGGAGCCCUUCCCAUGGGCUGAACUGGGGCCAGGGUGACAGGCUGAGCCCCCUGGCCUGCUGGACUCCUCUAUUCCUGUCAGUAACCAGGCAUCCACCAGGCUGCUCAACAAGGAGAGGUUUAUUGGGGGCCCACGGGGAGGGCAGGGCUGCAGCCUCGCUCAGAUGUGAUAGAGGUGGUCACGGUCCUCCAAGGGGCCAUUUUCCACUUCUGCAGACAGAACCAGGCGGUCUCUGCGAGACUGGAGCUCAGGCUCCACCUCAACUUUGGCUGAAGGGUGGUAGAGAUGGUCGCGGUCCUGCUCUGGCCCCACCUGGACCCGAGCAGGGUCUGCAGGGAAUAGAGGCCGUGAGGCAGUGUGCUUGGCAAGCUUGGCUUCCUCUGCCUCCCGUGGGGUCUGGAUGCUGUAAGAGAGCAGAGGUGGCCCGUGGGGCAGCAGGUCAUGAAAGCUGACCCUAUGUUGUCAGUGCCUGCUGAGGGCUGAGUGAGUCCAUUUGGAUUUAAAGCAUGGAUUAGUGGACUCUUUGGGUGUUCAUCUCACGAGUGGCACAGGCACCAUGGCAGCACUGCUGCAAGGGAAGCAAUAGCAGCUUUGAAGCAAGGCGAAGCAAAACCAGGGCCAUGCAGCUUGGAGGGUUUGAGUGACGUGAGGAGAAAUGCAUGAGCAGGGAGCCCCUUAAAUAUUAGGAAUUCAAAGCAGCAAGGAUAAUACAUCCCCUUAAAGUGCCUAAUCAUAGAAUCAUAGAAUCAUAGAAUGGCCUGGGUUGAAAAGGACCAUAAUGAUCAUUUAGUUUCAGGGUCACCAGCCACUAGACCAGGCUGCCCACUGAUGUUUGCCCACUGCUUUCCCCAGCCCCAUCCCAGCCACGGUGCAGCACUCAGCGGUGCAGCCAGUGUGGCUGUAGCCCCUCUUACAUCUCCUUCGCCAGAUUCUGCUCCACAUCCACGUCCUGUCUGAGACUGCCGAGAGCCUGCAGCAGAGAAGGGCAAGGUGAGGGUUAGCCCUGUGCCCGGCCCCGGGCUACAGAGAGCUGUGGACUCACCUGGGUGCCUUCAGGGGCUAGCAGCAGGAGAGCUGCACCCAGCAGCACGGCUACACCGCACGGACCCAUGGUGCCUCUGCCUGUGCACAGCCCUCGCCCCGCACUUUGCCCCUGGGUGUGGUGCAGCCACACGUGUCGUGUGGUUGCAUGGGGGAGUGGUCAUGCAGGUUCAUGCAGGUGUGCCCCGACGUACACAUGGUAUACAUACACCCUGCAGUGCACAGCAGCAGUCAAGUUAGCAGCUGCUGAGGGCUGUAGGUCUGUGAACUCGUUCCUCAACGCCAAAGAAUCCAAACCAGGUCAGCUGAAGUAAGCAGUGAAAGGAGAGCAGCCGUACAGCGCCAUCGCCAUCGCAUGGCUGAGCACCUGCUCAGCUGCUCUCAGUGGCUCUCCUGCCCCCUGUACUGGGCACAGCAGGGUUUCUCUCCAGCAUGUUACCUUCAGCUCCUGCCUCUGAAGGAAAAUGGAUGGAUUUGGUGCUUUCAGGUCACAGUUCCUUUGCUGAGCCAUUUUUGCCCUGGGAGAUGAGUCUUAACAUGAGUGUUUCACAGCAUGCAAAGGAGGGCUACAGAGAUGGGGAAGGAUCUGGAGGGCAGGAGGUGUGAGAGGCAGCUGAGGUCUGUCUGGCCCAGAGCAGAGGAGCUGAAGGGAGGCCUUGUGGCAGCUGCAGCUCCUCACAGGGAGUGCAGGGGCAGCGCUGAGCUCUGCUCUGUGUGACAGCGAUGGCCGAAGGAACGGCAGGGAGCUGUGUCAGGGGAGGGCAGCUGGGGGUGAGGGAAAGGCUCUGCCCCAGAGGGCGGUGGGCAUGGAACGGGCUGUGCAGGGCAGUGGGCACAGCCUGAGUGCUGGAGCUCAGGGAGUGUUUGAGCACUGCUCUCAGAGGCAGGGUUUGGGUGGUGCUGUGUGGAGCCCAGAGUUGGAUUCAAUAAUCCCUGUGGGUCCAUGCCAUCUUAGGUUAUCCUCUGAUUAUGUGAUGUGAUUCUACAUCCCAUGACAGAGAGUUCCUCCCCAGCAUUCCUAUAGCCCCUUUGGAUACUAGAAGGCCACUCUAAGGUCUUUUCCAUGCUUUCUCUUCAGGCUGAAUACCCCAGCUCUAGGCCUGUCUCCUUAGCAGAGGUGCCCCAGCCCUCUGAAUGUCCUUGUGGCUUGCUCUGGAUCCACUCCAACAUUUCCAUGUCUUUCUGAUGUGGCUCUGGUGAUGGCACCCUACAGGCCUGACAUCCCAUCUCAUUGCAUCCCACUUGCUCCAUCCCUGCCCUCCAUCUGCUGUUCCUCCCGGCCCAGCCCUGCAGCCACGCUUUUCUCCAUCAUGUCCGUCAUCUGCCUUUCCAACAUCACCAUGCAGUGGCGAUGGCGCUGCAUGGCUGCUCUCCUUUCACUGCUUAUUUCAGCUGACCUGGUUUGGAUCCACACUUUUCUGCUGCCCUCCGUCCCUCCACCCCAGCACCUGCAAUGCCCAUUGUCACCAGAUCUGUUAGCCUGGGGUUGGUCUCUCUGCAGGCUGAGGAGCAAGGUGGACUAACCAGCUGUUUUAAACAGAAUGAGGUAUUUUAAACUCGCAUAGAAAGCUGUAGAAGUUGCUCCCUGCUCAUAUUGGCAAGGAUUUUUCAAAGCCUCUUUUAUCCUCUAUUCCUUCUGGUGAGGAGGGAGGGAAAAGAAGCAAUUACAAAUCCUUAGCUUCUUGGAUAAAUGCCAUACUAACAGCCUGUGAUUCCAUUUUUUUUCUUUGUGGACCAUUUACUGAAUGUCACAGUUUAAAGAGACUACAGGCACAGGAGGCUGUGAGCUCUGUGAUUUAACUCUCUGUGGUGGGAACAUAAGGAAAAUGGUACGUGUGCCUCAGGUGGAGCUUUCCCCCCAGGAGACUAGGGCUAAACAGGAAGGGAGGCACAAGGGGAUACACCCUCCUUUGUCAAUUGACUUGGGGGUAUUUGGGGAAAAUCUCAAAGACUCAUUCCAUCUGCCUGGCUCCACCUACAUCUCCAGGCAGCAGCUGAUGAGACAAAGAAAUCAACAGCAGAGAGGCAGAAAAAUGCAGAAAAAUUUAUUUCCAGUUUGAUUUCAGGGGAAAUCAGAGAGAAGAACUUUUGUGUCUAAUGGAGAAUAAAUACAAGCGAGGCUCUUCUCUGAAUUCCUGCCAAAGAGAUGUGAUACACAGACACAAGCGACUGUGGCAAAGCACCUCCUGAGGCAUUUAGAUAUUCCAAACCCCACCACCCCUCUUUUCUCCUUUUCACUUUCCCAUUAUGGAGCAGAUCCUUGCACGCAACAGCAAACAUUCUUGCUUGGACACAGUGGCUUCGAUAACAAUUGCUGGUGUCUUUUUGUCUUGCGCAAAUCUACUGUGCUGACAUUCAGACUUUCUUACGUGGGCCUUUAAAUCCUCGGGCGGCACCCUGUCCGAAGCAGAUUGUGGAUGGGAUCCUGGAACAGAGAUGCCAGUUAACAUGCAUUUGUGAGAUCUUUGCCCUCUGUUAUCACAGAAGUCCUGCCGUGACCAGUCAACUAGCAGCAAUACUCAUGCUUUAAAAGACAAAGCUGACUUAGCCUAGGAAUGCAAGGCAAUGGUGUUGGAGGUAAAAGAGUAAUCUUUUGGGGAACUUGAUACCAAUACAAAAUUGACUAAUCUCUCCAAGAUACAAGCUGCAAGUGCAAAGGUCUGGCCGCACACCAAUUUGCUUGGACAAGCUCUCUGCAUCGGCCCAUUUCCCAACACACACCCCACCAUCGCUUAGCACCCCACCACCUAUAGGAACACUGGGAUGUUUUACACCUUGCAUAGUUCCAGGCUCCCAGAGUCUAAAUCACCAAUGCCAAUUCAAAAUACAGGUGAAAUGCUGGUCGUCUUUUCCACUGAUGGGGCACAUUUAUGUGCUGGACGCCUCUCAUCUCUCUUCACAAUGGGGAAAACAUAACAUGCUGCUGGGAAGUUACAGUGUUAUUUUUGCAAAAGUGUAUGAUUGCAGAGAAGAAGCAAGAGAAGUGUGGCCUUUCAGCAACCAGGAGGGUCAUGUCAAAUUUAAGACAACAUUUCUUAAUGGCAUAUAAACUGUUACUCUUGAAAAAGCAGUCAAGUUUAAAAUGUCACCUUGGCAGCUGCUUGGCAUUACUGAAACCCCAUGGACAAAUAGAGGGGCAGGUUUCUGUUGGAUGGACUAUGUUGGCAUCUCAGGCGUGACAAACUCAAAGUACAAGCUUCCCUUUGCCAACUGGGAUAGUUCAAGAAAAAACACGAUAUGCUUAGAGGCCAUUAAAGUGAUCAAUAAAUGACAAUGAUUCA